GGCGACUAGCGCCUAACUUGUCUGCAGCGCUACGAUAUGGUUGUGUCAGCAUUAUAUAUUUUAGACAAUAAAGGGAAAGUGCUCAUUCAUAGGAAUUAUCGUGGUGAUGUUGAAACUAGUGCCAUUGAAAAGUUUAUGCCUGUUGCAAUGGAGCGUGAAGAGGAGGGCAGUCUUAUUCCAGUUUUACAAUUAGGGGAAAUAACAUUCACAUAUGUUAAAUACAACUACUUGUAUUUGGUAUGCUUAACUCGCAAAAACGCCAAUGUAGCAAUGGUUCUUGCAUUUUUGUACAAACUCGUCAGUAUAUUUCUUGAAUAUUUUGGGGAAUUCGAAGAAGAGAGUAUUCGUGAUAACUUUGUUAUUACAUACGAACUGUUAGAUGAAAUUAUGGACUUUGGUUAUCCACAGACAACUGACACAAAAAUCCUUCAGGAAUAUAUUACACAAGAGAGCCAUAAACUAGAGGUGGCCCCACGUCCUCCAGUUGCUGUUACAAAUGCUGUAUCUUGGCGCUCGGAAAAUGUAAAGUAUCGGAAAAAUGAAGUUUUCUUGGAUGUUGUUGAGUCUGUGAAUCUAUUAGUGAGCUCUACUGGCAACGUUUUGCGCAGCGAGAUUGUGGGAAGCAUAAAACUUCGUGUUUAUCUCUCUGGAAUGCCUGAGCUCCGCUUAGGAGUGAACGAUAAAGUCAGAUUUGAAAACAUCGGACGCGAUAAAGGCAAAGCUGUAGAACUGGAAGAUGUGAAAUUCCACCAAUGUGUUAGGCUGUCAAGAUUUGAAAAUGAUCGAACAAUCUCUUUUAUCCCUCCAGAUGGUGAAUUUGAACUUAUGUCUUACAGGCUCAACACCCAUGUUAAACCUCUGAUCUGGGUAGAAGCAAUAAUUGAGAAACAUGCACAUAGCCGUAUGGAGUAUAUGGUGAAGGCUAAAGCACAAUUCAAACGUCGAAGUACAGCAAAUCAAGUUGAAAUUCAUGUUCCAGUUCCGUCGGAUGUUGACUCACCAAGAUUUAAAACAACAAUGGGUAAUGCAAAGUAUGUUCCAGAGACAAAUGUUGUUGUAUGGACAAUACGCAGCUUUCCCGGUGGUAAAGAAUACAUAUUAAGAGCCAGUUUUGGUCUGCCUUCUGUGGAAGGAGGUCAAGAUGUGGAGUCUAGACCGCCAAUAACUGUGAAAUUCGAAAUACCAUAUUUCACUGUGUCUGGUUUACAGGUUUGUGAUUUUAAUUCAAUGGACUCACUGUAAUCAUCUCUGUUUAAACUCUGCUGGUUGUUUGCGCUUGUAUGUAGUUCUUGACAGGUAACUGGUCUAUUAAAAUAUUUAUUGUUUCAUGGAAUAACUACUCAUUAGUAAUAGGAUGUUUAAAAUUUCAAUAACUACUUAUGAACAAACUACUGAAAUAAUAUUGCGAGUUAACUGAAUUUAGAAACUUAAGUAGUGCUCUCACCUCUAAGCAUCCAGUCCUGAGGAGUUCUAAACUAAAACGAAACAAUUGUUCAAUGCUUCCUGACUAUUAAUGACUGAUUAAGUGGAGUCCGUUCAUGUUUUAAACUAUUUUUAAGUUUGCAGGCUGUAUUUACUCCAUAUCGGUCUCAGCUGCCAUACCUCUGAAAGUCAGAGAGCUAUCAGGUAGCUAUUUUAUCUUAGUGUGGGGUGAGAUCACUAAUGCUUCCACACAAUCUAUCCAAACGUCGAACCCAGGACCUUCAUGUCUCGUGGUGAACACUUAAGCACUAGAACUGUUGGUUCGAUAUCCAAUGGCACAAUUUAAACUUUAAUCGAUUGAUGACUUCUGAACAGUUUCAUGCUAGUAGGAAACAGAUACCCAGUACUCUCUAGUUUCCAAUGGUACCCUAUCUGAAAUCAACUUUUGAUCAAUUCUAGAGUUAUUUAAAAUGAUGGAUUUCGUCAUACGUGGUUAGUGUUUGAUUUUUUCCAUAAGAUUGUUAUCUAUUACGGGAUUGGACUCUGAAGAGGUGACUUACAUUAAGUCACGAAACGUCAUUGCGAUAUAGCAACAAAUAUAUUUAUAUUUAUUAUUAUUAUUAUUUAGGUUCAUCACUUGAAAAUUAUUGAAAAAUCUGGUUAUCACGCACUCCCAUGGGUACGUUAUAUUACACAAAAUGGUGAUUACCAAUUACGUACUUUAUAAAUCGUGAACACAACAAUCGACAUGAAGAUACAAUGUUAUUUUGUAUCAUUUCUAAUUCUUUUUUUCUGUUUCUCUUAAAUCUCUGUCUCAGACUACUACUUCCGGUUAUUUGAGUAGGAAAAUUAUCGUUUUAUCAAUUUUUCUUUCUGUUUUAAUAUGUGAGAUCUACUUUCACCUCAUUUUAACUUUUUACUUCAUUCGUUCCAUUUUCAACAAGUUUAUUUUGAAGAGUGACGACGACAACAACAAACAAUACAUCUGUCCAUCUUGUAUAAUUUUACAAAUGAUCUUACUAUUUUGAAAUUCAAUCAGUGAAACCAUAAUUUACCACAUGGCUGUGAAUAAUCUCUUAUGUACUACUACUCUAAGACUACAACUAUCCCCGCAUUUUUUAUGAAACAUGUUUAUAUACAUGAUAAUAUUGUUAUUACAUUCUUAUCAGUUUCUAUAUUCGGGUUAUGAUUUAAACGGGGAAAAUUUGUCACAGCUUUUAAUAUAUGCACCAAUCCGUUUUUUGUUCUAGUUAUUUAUCUGGUUUCUUUUUGAGAAUGGGGGGCGGUGAAAGGUGUUUAACGUGAGGUUGGUAUAUGUCGCUUUAUUAUCAGUGUAUAUUAUGAACUUCCUUUUUUGAAUACUUAUACUAUUUAAUAUAUGUUUUGGUUAUUUU